UGGGUUUCCCAGGCUGACGGGAAGAAGGAGACGUCUCUUGUCCGAGAGCAGCGGCUUCUUAUUCACGGAAUUGGGUUUAAACAGGACACCCCCCCCCCCACCCCAGCAACUACCAAGCGUGUGCAGGCAGCGGAGGGGCUGGUUAGGAUGUGAAAAAAGGCAGGGUGCAAUCCCAACAAAUCACAGCAUCGCAUGUGGGAACUGCACAGGGAGAGGCAGAAACUGCUAACAAAGUUGGAAAAAGUUCCUCAACUUGGACAAAAGGGAAUGUCACUCUGGGGAGAGAGCGGAAAGUGUUCCUGAGGGUUUGAACCUAAAAUGAAUCCGAAGGAACGAUUUCAAGGAGAAAGCUGCGCUUGAAGAAACCUCCAAAGUUUUGGUCUUUCGUGUUUCCUUCGGCCCAGGUCGGUGUGUGCUCCCGCUCUCUGACCUGAGCGGAACCUACAGGAGAAGCCGCUGGGGGAGAUAUCUGAGUGCCUGCUCCAUCUGCAGAAGGAUUCUUCACCAGGCGAAGGGAACGCGGUUUCUAAACGAUGACAUCGCCAGCUAAAUUCAAGAAGGACAAAGAGAUCAUUACCGAGUAUGACACACAGGUUAAGGAAAUCCGAGCUCAGCUCCUGGAACAGCUGAAAUGCCUGGACCAGCAGUCGGAGGCCAGGGUGCAGCUCCUCCAGGAUCUGCAGGACUUCUUCCGGAAAAAAUCCGAGAUCGAGAUGGACUACUCGAAGAACCUGGAGAAGUUGGCUGAACGUUUUAUGGCUAAGACCAGGAGCGCCAAGGACCACCUGCAGUUCAAGAAGGACCAGAACAUUCUGUCUCCGGUGAACUGUUGGUACUUGCUGCUGAACCAGGUGCGGAGAGAGAGCAAGGAUCACACCACACUGAGCGAUAUCUAUCUCAACAACAUCAUCCCACGCUUUGCCCAAGUCAGUGAUGACUCCGUCCGUCUCUUCAAGAAGAGUAAGGAGAUCGGUGGACAGCUCCAUGAAGAUCUGAUGAAAGUUUUGAAUGAGUUAUACACGGUGAUGAAGACCUACCACAUGUACAAUGCUGACUGUAUCAGUGCGGAGGGUAAGCUGAAGGAGGCUGAGAAACAGGAAGAGAAGCAGAUCGGCCGCUCAGUGAAGCAGGACGAUCGGAUGCUCGGCCGCUCCCCGGACCCAGCAGCAAAUGUCCGAUUCGAAGAGAAGCACCAGAGGCGGAGCUCCGUCCGAAAGAUUGAGAAAAUGAAGGAGAAGCGUCAGGCAAAAUACACGGAGAACAAGCUCAAGGCGAUCAAGGCAAGAAAUGAGUAUAUUCUGGCACUGGAGGCCACUAACAGCUCCGUCUUCAAGUAUUACAUCCACGACCUGAGCGACCUCCUGGACUGCUGUGACCUGGGCUACCAUGCCAGUCUGAACCGAGCAAUGAGGACCUUUCUGUCGGCAGAGAUUAACGUCGAGCAGUCGAAGCACGAAGGGCUGGAGAUCAUUGAAAAUGCAAUUGACAAUCUGGAUGCAACCAAUGACAAGCAGCGGCUCAUGGAGUUGUACCACACCGUGUUCUGUCUGCCACCAAAAUUUGAUUUCCAGGCACACAUGGGGGAUGGGGUCUCCCAUCUGUGUGUCCAGCAGCCAGUUCAGGGGGAACUGGUUUUACGCUGCCAGCAACUACAGUCCCGGUUGGCUACUCUGAAGAUUGAGAAUGAGGAGGUGAAGAAGACCAUGGAGGCUACACUCCAGACAAUCCAGGACAUGGUCACUGUUGAAGACUUUGAUGUGGCUGACUGCUUCCAGUACACAAACUCCACCGAGUCUGUCAAAUCCACCCUUUCGGAGACAUUCCUGAGUAAGCCUAGUAUCGCCAAGAGACGGGCCAACCAACAGGAAACAGAGCAAUUCUACUUCACGAAACUGAAGGAAUAUUUUGAAGGCCGAAACCUGAUCACGAAACUACAGGCGAAACAUGACCUUCUACAGAAGACUCUGGGAGAAAGUCAGAGGACAGAUUAUUCCCUUGCCAGUGGUCGAUGGAAUUCCAGUGUAAGGAAGCAGGAUGGCAACCAGAUCAUUCCUCUUGUGGUGGAAAGCUGCAUUUGUUUCAUCAGCCGACACGGUCUGCAACAUGAAGGAAUUUUCCGAGUAUCAGGAUCACAAAUUGAAGUGAAUGACAUCAAAAACGCCUUUGAGCGAGGUGAGGACCCCCUGGCGGGAGAUCAGAAUGACCAUGAUAUCGACUCAAUCGCUGGAGUGCUGAAGCUCCAUUUCAGGGGAUUGGCCAGCCCGCUCUUCCCCAAGGAGAUUUUCCACGACCUCAUUUCCUGUGUCACAAUUGAAAAUCUCACCGACCGAGCUCAGCAAAUCCGGAAGGUUCUCCUGUGUUCGCCGAAACCCACCAUCAUCAUGAUGCGAUACCUGUUUGCCUUCCUCAGUCACUUAUCGCAGUUCAGUGAGGAGAACAUGAUGGAUCCCUAUAACCUGGCCAUCUGUUUUGGACCUACCCUGAUGUCAGUGCCUGAAGGCCAUGACCAAGUCUCCUGUCAGGCUCACGUUAAUGAACUCAUCAAAUCCAUCAUCCUGCAGCAUGACAACAUCUUCCCUGGACCGAAGGAGCUGGAUGGGCCUGUGUAUGACAAGGGGGCGACAGCAGAGGAUUACUGUGAGAGCCCUCAUGGAGACCCCGCCUCUGUCGAAGAUGUUGGGCAAGAUGUUGGAACCGAACCUCAUACAAGCGAAGACGAAGGUGAACCGAUUGAAGCCAUUGCUAAGUUUGAUUACACGGGACGCACAGCUCGGGAACUCUCCUUCAAGAAAGGCGCCAGCCUCCUGCUCUAUCACCGAGCUUCUGAGGAUUGGUGGGAAGGUCGGCACAACGGAAUAGACGGACUUGUCCCACAUCAGUACAUCGUGGUCCAGGACACUGAUGAUACAUUCUCUGACCGGUUGAGCCCAAAGGAUGACAUUGAGCCGAGCAGUGCCCCUCCCCCAGUGGAACAGCCCCUGUGUAAAGGCAGUGUCAGUUCACCAACGGGACAUGUUGCUGAUAUCUACUUGGCAAACUUGAACAGGCAGAAGAAGAAGGCCGAGGUUGGUAGUGUCCGACGCUCUUUCCGUUCCGCUGAAGGACCUGGCAUCGCUGGCCAUGGGCUCGUGCCUGCUCCUGCAGACAGAGAACCACAAACCUCAGCCAGUCUCCGGAGCUCCACCCAGGUUCCCCCAAACAGCAACAAGGAGACAGUGGACAAACGGUCAGCGAUGGUACACGGGGGUCCCAACGCUGUGACCCGCCGGCCCUCAGGCAAUAGGGUCGACAGCCCACAGGUUCGCAAGGCAAUGGCAGCCGGGAGGUCCAAGAGCUUCAGUAACCACAAGCCGCUGGACCCGGAGACAAUUGCCCAGGAUAUCGAGGCCACAAUGAAUUCAGCCCUGAAUGAGCUCCGGGAACUGGAGCGUCAGAGUACAGUGAAACAUGCCCCUGAUGUGGUCCUAGACACGCUGGAACCCAUGAAGACAUCUCCAUCGAUGGCUCCCACAUCGGAACCUUCCAGCCCCCUCCAUUCCCGCAUCCUGAAGGACUCGGAGUCCUCUCUGCAGAGGAGUGCCAGUUCCUCUGGGGAUAUGCCAUGCACCUUCCGGCCAGUGAAGUCGGUGAAGAUAGCAGCCCAGGUGAAACCGCCCGCUCUCAGGCCCAAACCUGUCGUCUUUCCAAAAACCAACCCGAGCGCCCCCAGCCUCGGCUCACCGACUACACAGCAACCGACAGACAAGUCCUGCACUGUGUGAGCGCCUCGCUGGAGUCAAGGAGUUCCUGUCUUGAUUGUUUGCAAACAGGGAAAUGGGGGACCAAACUGGCAUCUUCAAUCAACGUUGAGCUGGAGACGUGAUCAGUGUUUGGCGCAGAUUUCCACCCAGAAUGCCAAUCUGUCCUGACUUACCGUGAACUCUCGGUCUUCCUCCCAUUUCUCAUGAUGCAUCGAACUAGCAAAGGCCCACGUUUGCUUCAGUAUAACAUUUCAGUCUUCACAGUGAAACUCGGAACAAACCUAACACAGACUUUACUCAGUCCUUCAAACCAAAUAAACCAUGGAGUCGGUGUGUGCUCCAUCACUCUCUCCAACGUUGGGAAAUCCAUCACUCCCCAGAGUUUUGCCCAUGUACCCACAGGAUUCAACACUUCUCCCGUGCCAUCGAGUUUGGUUAUUGAAGGAAAAGCAAAAUUAUUUGUUGCCUUGAAGAGUAACAAUUUUAUUGUUUUGGUUGAAUCUUCAUGACUGCUCCGGUGACACGGGUAUUUUGGGGCCAUUGUUUUGGCUCAAAAACUCACCACCAAAAAGUCACAUUCCCCGACAUGGAGUGUGCAAAACCACCAGUUCUUCAAAGAAAUUGAACCCAGGACUGGCUGUGUCCUCCUUAGCAUUUAACGUUACUUUUUUGAAGGCUGAAUAUGUUUAUAGUAUGAAACGUAAAACAAGGCUUUCCCUUUCAAGUGUCUCGGGAGCCCGGCCUUGUCAGCAGAGUUUAGCACAAAGAAAUUACAAUUGCUGCAAUUAAUUUUUAAUUUUUUUUAAUGGACUUUUAUUGUGAACAGUUCAUUGUAAAUGGUGAAUUAUAUUUUGAAAGAUUCAUGGUAUUGAAAACUGGAAAUGUUUUGUAGGUUAGCUGAAGAAAACUAUUUUUAAGGGAGAUAUUCCUGGACCCGCUCAGAUGCUGUACUGUGAAAGAGCCACGGCACAAUCAACAGACUGGCUUCCUGAUCCCGAAUCUCUCAUCCAUUUAUCUGUGAUCUUAGAUAUGUUUAAAUUAAUUUUGAUUCUUAGUAAUUCCUUUUAUUUUGUCAAUGAACUGUUCCAGCCUGUUGACAGUAUUUUUGUGCUCAGUGUUUGACUCAUGUCUGAGAGGGUGAAUGAUGUUAUCGUGAAAAUGCCUGUAUGUGAAGAGUUGUCAAAGCUGUCACAGUUGCAGAGGGUUUCACGGCACAGUGCAGUGUUAGUCUCUUCCCCUCUCUGCUGAGGUGUCUGAUCUCAGGAAUUGCGAUUGAGCUCAGUGCUUCUGGGUUAGGAGAGAGAAGCAAGCCUUAAGUCACUCUUAUUCCUUAGUCAGUGAACACUCUCUCUCCCUCCCUCCCAACUGUCCCAGUGGAAACGCAGCUACAUUCUCCUGAGUGAGUGCAGGACUGGGGCUGUCCCAUGGUAGGAAGACAUUGGAACCCUCGCUCUCUGAGGGCCUGCCCCCGGAAAACAGCAGGGAAUGUGUGGGACUCCAUCAGUUUUCACUGCUCCUACCAGAAACCAGGACCUCCCCCAGCCCCCCACCCUGUACACAGGAGUACAAAGCACUUACCGAGGCUCCCAGAGAGUAACCCCUGCGCUAUACUCCUGCCCCACUAUGUGCGUUUCGGAGAACAGUGAGAUACUUCCUGGAAUAUUGUUGCAGUCAAUGGCUCACCCCAACUCUCACACUCAGUGAAAUGUGACCAUAAAUAAAACCAGCCUUUAACUUACCGAGUGGGAGAAUUAGAUGGAGCUGCAGAGCACAGCCUCCGCAGUGACCAAUAACUGAGCUUUCAUCACCAGAAACUGAAUAUUGGAGUCAACCGAAAAUAUCCUGGGGCAUGUGGGGAGAAUGAUGGCUCAUCACAGACCCACCCCCAACCCACCACGGACACACCCCACCCACCCCCAACCCCGAGCCAUCACACACACACCCCACCCACUCCCACCCUGACCCAUCACAGACACCCCAACCUACCCCCGACCCAUCAGAUAACCCCCACCUACUCCCACCGCCGACCCCCCACCCAACCCCAGCCCUGACCCAUCACAGACACCCACCCCCAUCCCUGACCCACCACAGACGCACCCCACCCACCCCCACCCCCGACCCAUCACAGUCACCCCCCUACCCACCCCGACCCACCACAGACAUCCCCCACCCACCCUCAACCCAUCACAGAUACCCCCCACCCACCCUCGACCCAUCACAGACACCCCCCGACCUAUCACAGACAGCCCCCACCCCGACCCACCACAGACAUCCCCCACUCACCCCCACCCCUGAGCCAUCACAGACACACCCCACCCCCACCCCCCCUGACCCAUCACAUACAGCCCCCACCCCCGACCCAUCACAGCCCCCCCCCACCCACCCCCACUCCUGACCCAUCACAGACACCCCUCCACCCCUGACCCAUAACAGACACCCCCCAGCCCAGCCCUGACCCAUCACAGAAACCCCCGACCCAUCACAGACAUCCACCCCCACCCCCCCUUACCCAUCACAGACACCCCCCACCCCUGACCCAUCACAGACAUCCCUACCCCCCACCCCCCUCUGACCCAUCACAGACACCCCCACCACCCCUGACCCAUCACAGACAUCCCUACCCCCACCAACCCCCCUCUGACCCAUCACAGACACCCCCACCCUCCUCCGAACCACUGUAGAUAUCCCGGUUUCUGGUCUACUAUAAAUACCCCCACUGCCUGGACUGUCUCCAGAUACUGUAUCCUCUGGACUGCCUCUGAGAGCUGCACUGCUGUAGGUCAGCCCCCAGACCCUCCCUCCCUCCCUCCCUCUCUCCCUCCCUCCCUUUGUGCGAGUAUUUAUAACCCAUUUUAAAUCUAGUGGCCAGUUGAUUCCCUCCCCUCCAGGGCAGGGAGAGGAGAGAGGCUGAAGGGCAGGACUAGGAUUACAGGGGGCCUGAGGACUAGAGGAGGGUGACACUGAGGAGGGGGGAUGUUGGGGGGAGUCAGGCGAUCACGGAUGAUUCACGGCUCACGGGGACCAAUCAAAUCCAUCGUUAUCCACAAGGGUCACAGCUCAGGGAGGUUCAGGCAGCCUGGAAUGGAAUCGGUUUUGGAGUCUUGGUGUUGAGGGUUGGCCCUCAGCUUCACAAACCGGGGAGAUACACGAAAACAUUCCCCAUUGCCAAGUGACGUGAGGAAGGUCCCACCUUAAACUCCUUUCCUUUGAAUGUCCGACUCGUGGUCUGACAAUGAGGGUGAGGUGGGCUGAGUGACAGUCGGGACAUGAACUGUUUCUCCUGUUAGACUCUCCCACCAGCCACACCUCCCCAGCUCCUUCAUCCCUCCCCCAGCCUGGAUUAAUAUCAAACAGAGGCUUGGUCAUUAGACAUCUGGGUCAACAGUGGAGGUGUGCCCCUGACUACUGGCAGAGUACCCCAAUAGGUAUAUGCAUGACCCUCCACAAGAUGUGAUCCCUCCAGUCUAAGAAAGCUCCCGGGAGAGAUCCCUGAUCCGGUGUGUCCCUAAGGAUGAGAGCAGCGUGCAGUUAAUCUUCGUUCCCUGUAAAAUUCAGGCUGAACCCAGUGCUGAUCACUCUCAGUUGGCCCCUAGUGGACAGCAUUAAGGUGAAAUGUGAUGCUUGCUACAGUGGAACAGCCUGUAGCCAUGCACUCAAGACACAACCUUGGGUUAGAUUCCAGAUUGGUCAUCGACAUGUAGCCAGCAGCUUCAGUGGGGAAGUGGGAGCAGUGUCUGGCCAAGUUCCUUGUGACUCCCUACCAUUCAGUAUCAGGAAUCUGGCUCACUAAUGGCUGGGGGAGUCCCUACCCAAUGGUGUUGAUGUGUUCAGGCCACUGCAUUAAGAAGGCUGUAAUAAUUAAUUGUACGGAGUAUUUGUGUAUAUGUAACUACACAGUGACUGUAAGGUACAGCAUUUUUUGGUACAGUAUUGUGCAGAAUAUUAGAUGUUAGUGUCAAAACAAUAAAUCUCAUUUA